AUGGUGUUUCUCUCGAACAAAAGAGGAAGAAGAAGCAAACGAAGGCAAAAAGGCCUCCGAAGAAAAUAUGAAUUUUUCGUUGUUCUGAUGAUGAUAAUUGGCUGUGAGUUCCUCAACUCUGCUGUUGUUUGUAGCAUCACCGGCACACCAGACAAAUGUGAAUAUGAACAAAGAUUAGAAAACCGGUAG